AUGAGAAUGCAGGCAUUGCUGCAAGGAUUUCCAGGUUUUGUCAUGUCUCUCUACUUUGUCAGAAGUAUUCGGUCAGGGGGCGAUGGCAGCGGACCAGACACGGCAGCUGAGUGGCCUUCGCCCAAUUUUUGCCAAGCUGGGAUUGGGCGAUGUUUGGAAUCUUCUAUUAUGAGUUCUUUGGCCAAGCUCAAGCGUAUCCAAGAUCUCAGGUACGAAGGGGAGGAGUCCGCCAUCAAAAUGUGCAAGUCGUUGCGCGAGCUGCUCUCAGCUGUCGCUUGCCUGCAAUCAAAUCUGGUCCUGGCAGCUGGUUUGAAUGCGAGGUUCGAAUCAGUGUUGCAACAGCGCAGACGCUGGUUCUGA